AGUUGGUGGCAGUUAUGGCGGCUUUGGAAGUACCUGCCAAAAAGAGAACAAUUACAGAACCUCUUCUUCACAAACUUUCAACAAACCAUUAAUGAGCUAACACAAGGGAACUGUCAAAGAGAAAGAAGAUUUCACCUUGGAUGAGUCUAAAUUAAUCAUGAGAGAACUUGCUGCUGAACUAAGCAAAGUAGUUCAGAUCAGCAACACCUCCUUUCUAACCAGAGUGAGUGAGGAUGGAUCUUGUCAAGAGGAGCGUCAAGACUUUAUACUGCAGUGGGCUGAGGAACUGGAACACUCAUCACAGACACGACAGACACCAGCAGGGGAAAUCACAAGAGACAGGAGGAGUGACGACCCUCUGGAUCAACAGAAACCAGACAAGGAACAGAAACUGAGGGAAGCCAGCAAAGCCCUGUCUGAGUGGGCCUGGACACUCAAGGAUAUGGAACAGGACUCAGUGUGUCCGGAUGAGGAUGUGUGUUCAGUACUGCAGGAUCUGGAGAGACAGUGGAAGAGGGGGAUGCUUCCCAACAUGCUCCCUGUCAUGGACUUCUCAUCUGGAGCAUGCUACAGGAACAGCCGGAGGUCAGCCAUAAACAAAGACCUAUUGAAUGUCUCUUUAACUCAGAUCACUCUGGAUGAACAAACAGCCAACCCAAGUCUCCUACUGUCCCCUGACAGGAAAAGAGUGAAAAUGGCCACCAUCAUUGAGAGUGUCUUCGAUCCCUGGUGUGGAUACAGCCCUAGUUCCCACAAGUAUGAUGGCUGGUGGUGUGUGCAGGCAAAAGAGGGCUUUACAUCUGGGAGACAUUACUGGCAGGUGGGAGUCAGGGGCAAGACAGAGUGGAGGAUAGGGGUGGUUAGAGAGUCAGCACCAAGGAAUGGCUUUGCAACUCUGAACACAAAAGCCGGUUACUGGACCUUGCGUCUGCAGCUUGGGGAGCUCAUGGCUGUAACUGCACCAGUCAUUAAACUGAACAGUCUCCACCCUCUAGGUUAGGGGGUGUUGCUAGACAUAGAGGGGGGGCAGAUAUCCUUCUAUGAUGCAGAGGAAAGACGCCACAUUUACACUUUUAAUACCAAUUUUGAUAACUCUGGAAAGAUUUACCCUGUGUUUGGAACCAUUGAGACAGACAGAGAGCUGGUUAUUCUGUAGGCAAAAUAACUUGAUGCAUGCUGUCGGGCUUGAUUGCAGUGCAUGUGAUUAGUUUAGUAACUACCUUAUGGACAUCUCAAUGUAUAGUUGCUGACUGUCUCAACUCACAAUUCCUUGAGAUCACAAAAGGUGUCCCUCAAGAGUCCAUUUUAGGGCCUGUAUUAUUCACACGGUAUAUAAACAAUAUUGGUUCCUUAGUAAAAAACUAAGGGACACCUUUAUGCUGAUUAUACUGUGCUGUAUAUCUGAUCUGCAGAUGGCUUUUAAUGUCAUUUAAAAAAGCACUUGUUGACCUAAAAUUGCUACUGAAUGCAGAUAAAACAAAGUCAUGCUAUUUUCUAGAGCCCACAACAUUGACUCCACAGACUUAAAGAGCGGCACGUUGAAUGGAGCGACAUUGAGCGAGCCCACUCAUUUAAAUACCUUGGAUCAUUUAAAACAAUCGUUCAGUCAAGGAAUCGUACAGACAACUUUCCUGUCAGUCCUUGACUAUGGCGACAUUAUCUAUAUGAAUGUUGCUGCCACAUCUUUAAAACUUUGAUGCUUCUACAAGUAAUGUGCUUUAUUUUAACGGUUUUAUUUUAUGAUAUGUACACAGAUUAAUGAAGUAUGGAAUCAAUGUAUAUAAACAACCUUCUUUCUUGAAACAUGAAUUUGUUUGCUGAUUUCCUCAUACAGAAUAAAGAGGGCAAUGAGCUUAA